UUGUGUUCGGUAGUUGUCAAAUAAAAUCGGAAUAUUUAAAUAUACAAUAUUAUAAUACCAGUUUUGUUAUCUUAAAGAGUGAGCGAAAAUAAAAAUAAGUAAAAAACAAAAAUCCGGCUAAAUUCUGUAUAGUUCUGUUUUUGGUAUACUGGUAUUUGUGGCAUACAAAAAAAAAAAAAAUAGCAACAAUACACAAAAAAAAAAAAAUUUUCAUAAUAAAGAACUGUCAAAAUAAAGAGAAACAAACUAAACAACAGAACAGUGUUAUAAGAAUAGCUGUGAAUUACAAAAACAAAGAAGAACUGAAGGGAUUUUUAACCCUAAAAAAGAAAUUUGUGCUACAAUUGCUUUUUUUUUUAAUAUUUUAUAAAAAUUUUCAUUAAAGACUGUUUAGUUAAAUAAAAAAUUCAAUAAUUUCAAGAAAAAUUAAUUAAGUUUAAGUGAAAAAAGGUGUUACAAAUUCAAUUUUUGUUAAAAAAAGGACCAAUCUAAGAAGACAAAAACUCAUUUACAAUGGAAGAAACCAAAAAACCAUUUAAGAUAAAGGACACAACACGUCAUAUAAAAAAAGCUAUAAUGGCAUCAUCGUUGGAAGAAAUGCGUAAUAAAUGUGCUGAAAAAUUUGAAAAAAUUGAUCAACUGCCAACUAUACAUUUAGAUUCUGAUGGUACUGAAAUCGAUGAUGAAGAAUAUUUUCGAACAUUGGAAGAGAAUAGCGAAUUAAUAGCUGUAUUUCCUGGUGAACAUUGGGUUGAUGUAAGUCCUACUCAAUAUGUUACAAUAUCAAGUCAUCGUAAGAGUUCUGGUGAUACAACGGAUGCAGCAGCUGCAGCUGAAAAUGAUGAAAGAAUACGAAAAUUGGUUGGACAAUUGCAAAAUAAUUUAUGCAAUGUAUCUGUUAUGAAUGAUACAACAGAUUUGGAGACAUUAUCAAAUAUGGAUCCGAAUAGUUUGGUGGAUUUAAUAGGAAAAGAUUUUAUUGAACAAUUAAGGGAGUCAUCAGGCAGAGACUUGUGUGCCAAACGAACAGCUGAGGACAGAAUUAACUUGUUAAAAUUAUUACGUGAAGGUGCAAUAUUCUGUUCUGAACGAUAUCCAGAAGAUGCUGAAGAUAUUGAAUUUGAAAUAAAUCAACAAAUGCAAUUAAAUCAACAACAAUAUCAUAAUCAUAAUUUUCAUAAUCAAAAUGAUAAUCAUAAUACACAACAUCAACAACAAAAUCAAAAAUUACAACAACAUCAACAACAACAUCAACAACAAGAACAACAUGGACAACAAGGAAAUCAACAAAAUAUUAAUGAAACAAAUAAAAAUGAACCAAUAUUACAAACAUCGAAUAAAAAUAAUCAAGAUAUUUGACUACCGAUAUUUACAUCAAUAACAACAGAAAUUAUUAAAGAAAUAAAAAGUUAAUAAAACUAACUAACUAUUUAUAUAUAAAAUUAAUAUUUUAAUCAAAAACAAAAUUAUGUAUAUGCACAAUUAUUAUGUUAAUAUAACAAACAAAAAAAAAAUAAUAAAAAACAAGCAACAAAAUCGUUAUAUAUGUGAGAGAAUAUCAUUUUAUUAAAAAUAAAAUAUUAAAAUAUUGUGGCAUACAUAAGUGUAUAUGUGUGUGUAUUUAGAAAAACGAAAAACUAUAAUAAUUAUUACAAUAUUUAAAAGCUGAAAUAAUUAAAUAAAAUUUAAUAAAAAAAAAAAAUAAAAUAAAAUGUUAAAUUAAAAUUAAAAUAAGCAAAAACAAAAUAAACUUAACAAUGAACAAUUUAAUAUAGAAAGUUAUAAUCAAUCGAGUUUAAAAUAUAUUUACUAAUAAAAAGAACAAAAAAAAAAUCUUCAAAAUGGGGAAACUCUAAAUAAAAUCCUAACAACAAACUGUAGAACUUCUGUCAUUUAUGUCACAUACUCACAUCCAAAAUUAUUAUUAAGUAUUAUUACGGUAAAUAUUCUACAACUUAAAAACUUUCAUAUACUCAAAAUAAAAUUGACAUGUCACUUAACUUAGUUUAUAUAUAAGUAAUUAUGUACAUUAGAGAAUGUUAUUUAAUAUAUCAGGUAAUAAUAUUAUUAUGUAAUUUAUAAUUGAAAUGUUGUUCCAAUAAUAGAAUGUAAAAUACUUAUAUACAUUCAUAUAAAAGUAUUGAUGAUAGUGCUACGCUAAAUACUCGUAUAUAUGGACAUGUCAAUUAAAAAAUCUAAAUUUAUUAAAUUUUGGUUAAAAAUUUUCGUUUAAUUAUGUAAAACUGUUUAUUCUAAUUCUAUUAAUUUUAAGUUUAAAAUUAUUUCAAUGAAAUAUAAACAAUUUCACUUAAUUUAAUUU